AUGCCGAUGAAUGAGCCGGCCCAUGGCGAGAAAAAGUCACAGAUCGAAGAGUUCGUCGACUACUACAACAGCGCCGGGGUGCAGCACAUCGCCUUGCGAACCCACGAUCUCGUCACAACCGUCGCUCACCUCCGGCAACGGGGUGUGUCCUUCCUCCGCAUACCGAGUGAAUAUUAUGCCAGCCUCCGCAAGAAGUUAUCCGCGGCGGACUUGCAGCUCGAAGAGGACAUCGACAUGCUGGAGAAGCUUCAAGUGCUAGUAGACUUCGAUGAGAAAGGCUACCUACUUCAGAUCUUCUCCAAACACGUCCUCGAUCGGCCGACGGUGUUUAUCGAAAUUAUCCAACGGAACAACUUCGACGGGUUCGGCGCUGGGAAUUUCAAGAGCUUGUUUGAGGCAUUUGAGAGCGAGCAGGCGCAACGGGGGAAUCUAUAG